AUGGGAGCUGUGCUAGUCCGACGAAAUGGCUUUACUCGCACUCCUAUUGGCGACUCUUGUGGCCUCGGCUCUGGCCCAUGACGCUGUGCACCCAAAAGACCUGCAGGUGGAACACAGAAAUAUUACGGGUCGCAUUACCAACGGCUAUGAAGCGACUGAGGGAAAGGUCCCCUAUAUCGUGGGCAUCAGCUUCAACAGCAACGGAAGGUGGUGGUGGUGUGGUGGCUCGAUCAUCAGCAACACCUGGGUACUGACAGCUGCUCACUGCACCAGCGAUGCUGAUGAGGCAUCACUCUACUAUGGGGCUACCAACUACGAGCAGGCGGCCUUCAGGCACACCGUCAGCAGCGCCGCUUUCAUUAGAUAUCCCGAUUAUCGGGGGCUUGACCAUGACAUAUCCCUGAUCAGAACACCUCAUGUGGAUUUUUAUAGCCUUGUGGACAAGGUUGAGCUUCCCAGUCUGGAUGAACGCUACAACUCAUUCGACAGCUACUUGGCCUUGGCCUCUGGCUGGGGUGCCAUUUACGAUGGCAGCAAUGUGGUGGAAGAUCUACGCUGCGUGGACGUGGAAGUCAUCCCUCUAUCGAAGUGCCAGGCCUACUACGGCACCGACCAGGGCGAUUCUGGACCUUCUCUGGUCACGCAUGACGGUGCAAAGCUGAUCGGCGUGACUUCCUUCGAAGAAAUUAAUUUUCACGGCAUGGCACAUCCGUAA